AAGCCCCAGCCUUGACAGGCGGGCGGAGCAGCCAGUGCGAGCUGGGAGGCUGGGCUGCGGGUGCGGGAACCUGAUCCGCCCAGGAGGCGGGGGCAGAGCGGGGGUGGGGGCACGGGGAGCUGGAGGCCGGCGCCCGCCCGCCUCCCCCAUUCAUUCAGCCGAGCCCGGGGGCCGAGGGGCUCCGCGGCCAGCUCUGCACGGCGGGAGCGCGGGCGCGGCGCCCCAGCCAGCGCGCAGGGCCCGGCGGCCAGGGCGCUACCUCUCCACUGCCCACCGCGCGCGCGUCGCGCUGCCCUCGAGCCACCAUGUCCGACCCUGCGGUCAACGCGCAGCUGGACGGGAUCAUUUCGGACUUUGAAGCCUUGAAGAGAUCUUUUGAGGUCGAGGAGGUCGAGACGCCCAACUCCACCCCUCCCCGGAGGGUGCAGACGCCCCUGCUCCGGGCCACUGUGGCCAGCUCCACCCAGAAGUUCCAGGACCUGGGUGUGAAGAACUCAGAGCCCAGCGCCCGCCAUGUAGACUCCCUGAGCCAGCGCUCCCCCAAGGCCGCCCUGCGAAGGGUCGAGCUCUCGGGGCCCAAGGGCGAGCCCGUGUCCCGGCGCACGGAGCUCUCCAUUGACAUCUCGUCCAAGCAGGUGGAGAACGCUGGCGCCACCGGGCCGUCGCGGUUUGGGCUCAAGCGGGCCGAGGCGCUGGGCCACAAGACGCCAGAGCCCACCCCUCGGAGGACGGAGAUCACCAUAGUGAAGCCCCCGGAGCCAGCCCACCGGAGGAUGGAGACCCCCGCCUCCAAGGCCCCCGAGGUGCCCGCUGCCCCCACCGCCGACACUGUCCCCAAGAGGGUUGAGAUCCAGGUGCCCAAGCCAGCUGAGGCGCCCGCCUCCCCCAUUCCAGCCCAGACCCUGGAGAAUUCAGAACCCUCCCCAAUGUCUCAGCUGCAGAGCAGGCUGGAGCCCAAGCCCCAGCCCCCCUCGGCUGAGGCCCCACCCAGGAGCCAGGAGGCCACUGAGGCAGCUCCCGGCUGCGUUGGCGAUAUGGCCGACACCCCCAGAGAUGCUGGGCUCAAGCAGGUGCCCGCACCGCGGAACGAGAAGGCCCCCGCGGACUUGGGCUACGUGGGGAUCGACUCCAUCCUGGAGCAGAUGCGAAGGAAGGCCAUGAAGCAGGGCUUUGAGUUCAACAUCAUGGUGGUUGGGCAGAGUGGCCUGGGGAAGUCCACCUUGAUCAACACCCUCUUCAAAUCCAAAAUCAGCCGGAAGUCAGUGCAGCAGCCCACCUCGGAGGAGCGUAUCCCCAAGACCAUUGAGAUCAAGUCCAUCACACACGAUAUCGAGGAGAAGGGUGUCCGUAUGAAGCUGACCGUCAUCGACACGCCGGGCUUCGGGGACCACAUCAACAAUGAGAACUGCUGGCAGCCCAUCAUGAAGUUCAUCAACGACCAGUACGAGAAGUACCUGCAGGAGGAGGUCAACAUCAACCGAAAGAAGCGUAUCCCCGACACACGCGUCCACUGCUGCCUGUACUUCAUCCCGGCCACCGGCCACUCGCUCAGGCCCCUGGACAUCGAGUUCAUGAAGCGCCUCAGCAAAGUGGUCAACAUCGUGCCAGUCAUUGCCAAGGCCGACACGCUGACUCUGGAGGAGAGGGUCUACUUCAAACAGCGGAUCACUGCAGACCUGCUGUCCAAUGGCAUCGACGUUUACCCACAGAAAGAGUUUGACGAGGACGCAGAGGACCGGCUGGUGAACGAGAAGUUCCGAGAGAUGAUCCCGUUCGCCGUGGUGGGCAGUGACCAUGAGUACCAAGUGAACGGGAAGAGGAUCCUUGGCAGGAAAACCAAGUGGGGCACCAUCGAAGUUGAGAACACCACACACUGUGAGUUUGCUUACCUGCGGGACCUCCUCAUCAGGACGCACAUGCAGAACAUCAAGGACAUCACCAGCACCAUCCACUUCGAAGCCUACCGGGUGAAGCGCCUGCACGAAAGCAACAGCGCCGUGCCCAACGGCGUGGAGGACAAGGAGCCGGCCGCCCAGGAGAUGUAGAUGCCACCAGGACCCGCCCCCGACUUUCCGUCCCCCCAGCCCACCCACUCACCCCAUUUUAUUUUAUAUAAUUCUCUCCAUCUGUCAUUGUUCUCCGCCCCUUUCCAUGCUGCCGAGUAACAAAGAUAACGAGUGCCCCACCCCCCAUUAGUGGCCCGCAGACAGCAGGGCCUGGAGUGGAGGCUGUUCUCUGGCCGUCCCCGGGGUCCUGGAGAAGCCGGAGCACGCCUGGGAGGGUCGGAGCAGACCCCCCGAGUCAGUGCUGACCGACUCCACGCCCAGCUCGGGGCCAGAGGAGCGGCUCCGGCUCCUGGUUCCCCCGCCGCUGUCUCAGUCCCUGGAGCCUGGUGGGUUGUGCCCGGGGGAGCAUGGAGCCAGCCUGGCAGACCUGGAGCCCCUUCCUGCCCCCACCACCCCACGUGGUGUGGGCCGUAACUCAGAGAGCGCCCCCUUGAGCCCCCCAAGGGGAGAAUAGUUAAUUCCAGGAGACGCGAGUUGCCAGUUGCUUAGAUGCCGGUGCCAUUCGCUGCUGCCUGCCCACCCGCCUGCGAGCCUGUCCUGGAGCAGAAAGUGCCUUUAUCUCAGCCAUGCACGCGAGCCCACAGACUCCCCAGCUGUCCCCUCAGAUGGGAAAUGGGGACAGGUUGGAAAAGGGGGGGUGUCUUCGUCUCUCCAUCGUCCCCAUCUCACUGUGAUUUGAUAGAGGAUUCAAAGGAAAAGAUGCACCUCCCUCCCCCACUUCCUGGUUUUUGGGAAAGUCUGAGCAAGUGAGUCUGGAGGAGCUGAGUGAGGAUGUGAUGGCAGGUGCCUGAAGGAAGCGGGGGCCGUGUGGACUGUGGCUGGGGUGUUCUGAGUGGUCUUGGUGUCUGCCUCCCCCCGCCCCGUGUGACUGGGGAAGUGUCUGUGUGUGUGUGUCUGUUUAGACACCCAGCCAGCGACCCCAGAUGCCACCCACACUCAGCCCUCCUGGUUCCGCCCUUGCCGGCUCUGUAACCUGGGGAGGUGGGAGGCCUGGUGAGCCUGACUUUCUGUUGCCCUAAAUGUACCUGGGUCCCUGCACCCCAGGGCCCAUUGUAAAGACCCCUAAAGGUGGAAAGGUCAGGAGUCAGGUUGCAUAGCCCACAUCUGGCUACUGAGCGGGAUUCCGUCUCAGCAGCACAGCCCAGCUGGUCUGCUCCUUCGCCCUCUGUCUCUAAUAGGAGACCAGCAGGGACCAUCCGAGCCGUGCACAGCAGACCGCUGGUGCUUCCCCCUUCCUCCUGGGGGGGGGGGUCUGGCUCAGGUCAACAAAGUUGGACACAGGUGAGGUGGUCUGUAGAUCCCAGGUGUGCUGCUUUCCUGUAGCCGAUGAGAAGAGCAGUGGGAGAAAUGGGGUGCAAACAGACUCGGGGCUGCGGAUGUGUGCUGGUGCGUGUGCUCCCUCCCCAUCUAUGAGAGGAAGGACCCCUUAGCAAAACAGUUUACUUGCCAACUUGCCAUGGUUUUGCCAAAACCAUGAUUUUGAAGGACCUGUCCCCCUCCAGCGUCAGGCCAGGACGUGGGGCAGCCUUCUGGGUGGGGUGCACCCCGCCAGCCUCCGUGCCCUUGGGGGCUCUGCAGCGUCCGGCCCCGGGACGCCUUCGCUUUCCUUCUCUGUAGCCAGAUUUUGAAAAAUUGUUAGUUUCACUGGGAUCUGUUCCGCAGUGGCCUUUUGCUAUGUGCCUCCUGAGAAAUUCGUCUCUUUUUGUAUAAAUAACAAAGUGUUGAAAAUGUAUUUCCUGAAAUAAAUGUUCCAAAUGCAAACCUGGAA